CUACGUCAGACGUAAACAGUGCGUCAGUUUAUACUUCCGGUGUCAAGACCUUUCCUCUGCCAUGUGCACGGUGGGAAAAUAAUAUUGAAGCUUCGUUUCGAGAAGAAGAAACUGGCUUGUUGUUCCCUGCGUGGAGAAGAGGAAGCCUCCGCGGGACGAGGAGUGUGUCAGGCCCGCUGUCACAUGUAAAACGCUGGAAAGGAGCCGAUCAACCAGCGAAGCGCUUCUGAUCGGGAGCUAGCUGAAAGUUUUGCCCAUGGCUCUUUACAUGAAAGCCGCUGAGAUCCUGGAGAAAGCCGAGAGGAAGCAGGGCGCUCUGAAAACUCUGGUCUACGACAGCAAGUUUGCGAACAUCAAGCAGCUGUUCGCUCUGGUUUGUGAGACCCAGAAGUUUUCCUCCAUCCUGGUGGAGAUCAUCGAGUCCACCAAGCUGCUCAAGCAGACCAAGCUGAGGUUGCCCCUGGCCAAGGUGCUGGUCUACGACCUGCUCAUGGGUCAGGGGCUCAAGUGCGGCGGAUCCUGGAAGGCCAUGAUGAUGAAGCAUCGCUCCAGACUGCAGGCGGUGUUGGCCCGCAUGAAGGUGAAGCAGAAAGUCAGCAACAAUGAAGACCUGCUCCCAGCCAGCGUCCAGCGUCCAGCCGGGGCCCAGCUGCCCAGAUAUGUGCGUGUGAACACCCUGAAGACCACCGUGGAGGAUGUCGUGGACUACCUGAAGAGGGAUGGCUUUGCCUACCUGGGACAAGCCUCCAGGUUGGAGGAUCUAACCCUGAAGGUGAAAGACUUUGUGAAGGACAUGCACCUGCCAGAGCUGCUGGUCUUCUCUCCUAAAACAGACUUCCACGAGCAUUUCCUGUACAAGGCGGGUCACAUCAUUCUGCAGGACAAAGCCAGCUGUCUCCCCGCCUACCUGCUCAACCCCCCACCUGGCAGCCAUGUCAUUGAUGGCUGUGCUGCCCCUGGUAAUAAGUCCAGCCACCUGGCAGCCGUCAUGGAGAAUAAGGGCAAGCUGUUUGCUUUUGAUUUGGAUGCCAAGCGUCUGGCCACCAUGUCGACUCUCCUGCUCCGAGCUGGGGUCACCUGUCAGCAGCUGGCCAAUCAGGACUUCCUGAAGGUGGACCCUGACAGCCCGCAGUAUAAAGAUGUAGAGUACAUCCUACUGGAUCCGUCCUGCAGCGGGUCAGGUAUGGUGUGUCUCCGGGAUGAUGCCUCCUCUGCUGACCAGGAGAAGAUUCAGGCUCGUCUGGCCUCCUUGGCCUCCUUCCAGCUGCGGUGCCUGAACCACGGCCUCAAGUUCCCUCGACUGAAGCGCCUGGUGUACUCCACCUGCUCCGUCCACAGCCAGGAGAACGAAGAAGUCGUGGCAGCCUGUCUGGAGCAGAACCCCGGCUUCAGGUUGGUUCCUUUGCUUUCUCAGUGGCCUGAACGAGGCCUGGAGCCGCUCACUCAGUGUCUGCGUGCCAGCACCGCCAAGACCCGCACACACGGCUUCUUCGUGGCCCUGCUGGAGAAACACAGUGAGAAUGGGAAUAAGAAGCAGGAGCCAGAGGUUCAGAUGAGUAGCGUGGAGGUGACAGCUCUCAGCCCAUCCACCUGUGAGAAGAGACCUGCAGCCUCAGAAGAAGAGUCUGAAGCUUCAGAGACGGAGGACAAACAGACGCCUGCAGCAGCAGGACAGGCUGACGGCACGCCUGGCAAGAAGAAGAGGAAGAGAAAGAGGAAGAAGAAGAAGAAGGCAGCAACAGUGGAGUGAAGAGAAAUUUAAAGUUGGACUGUUAUGUUUGCAUGGAACGAUUGCUCUAUGUAGAGGACUUGUUGGGAAUGUAACUAAGAAGUAAAUAUUAAUUUUUACUGUA